GAAGUAGAGAGAGAAUACAGAGCAGUCGAAUCGAAACCGGUUCAAUGGAAGAGCCUCAGUCAGCCCAGUCUGCCCAAUCUGGCAAGCUUCUUCGCUACGCGCUGCGGUCCAACGCCAAGCCCAAGGAGGAGAAGCCGCCGGCGCCGGAGUUGUCCAACCCGCCCUCCUCGGCGUCCAAGAGUGGAAGACCUGCAUCAAAUGUGAGCAGGAGCGUGAGUGUGCUCGAUCUGUCGGGCAAGGUCAAGCCUGUGAAGCCGGCGAGGAGGUUAUCCACUCCUAACAAGGUGGCUCGUAGUACUCCAGUUCCGAAAUUGGGUGGGAAUAUUACUCCAGUUUCGGAGGCUAGAUUGAGGAGGUAUGUGAAAAGCGAGACGCCUGCUUCUGAUGCUUCUAGGCUGACAAGCCGGAAGAAGUUCUGUAUUCUGUCAUCGGAAUCGUACUGGCUUUCACAGAUCAAGCUCUCGGAGGCUGCUGGAAAGCACUCGGUUUCGCUUGGGUUUUUCAGACUCGCCUUGGAGGCAGGAUGUGAGCAACCUCUUCAGCGAAUGCGGGAUGAGCUAAAGGCUUAUGCGCUUCGUCAUAAAAUUGGUGAUCAUGCUGAACUUGCAGUCCCGCUGAAGGAAUUAUUUGAGAGCUAUGGUGUUGUGGAAACCGAGCAGGUGCAGGUCUCGGAAACCUGUUCUCAUGUACCUGAUGAGGGGACUCGGUCUUCUGAUGAAGAUGCCAAGAGCUCUUCGUCUACAAUGGGAAGUAGGAAACUGAAACCCAAGUCGUUGAAUACUGAUGCUGCUCAAGUUUCUCCAGACAAAAACAAAGUGAAGAAGGAAAUACCUCAUAAAAGCAUUCCUGCAACCCGGACCAGGGCAUCUGUGGCAAAGAAGUCUUCAACUCCUGGACCUGUUUCUGACUCUGGGACACGCGGAUCAACAGCUAAGAAACCCCAGAAGCCAAUUAAGCAAGAAGAUGAGAAUGAAAGGGAUAGGAAGAAGCAGGGGAAUAAAUCUGCUGUUGAGCAAGCAGGCUCGCUUAGUCCUACAUCAACACAGCAAGCAGUCAACGAGAACAAAGAAAAUGAGGAUGCUGUCUCAAUGGAGGAGGUAAGCUUGACUGAAGUCGCAUAAUUGGCCAUGGAAGCUGAACAAAUUGCAUUCUCAUACUCCUGCUGGUCUGUAGUGGUUUCAUUGUGGAGGAUAUGUAUAGGUUUUUGGAAUUUAGGUGAAACUUUUCAGUUUGUUUGGUAAAACCCUUAUUUGCGUGUGCUUGGGUUAAACUGGGGUUGUUUGUUUAUUGUUAUUCAACUUCUGGUUAUUUUGGUUGUACUGAACUGCAAAGUCAUCUAUAUAGGGGUCAUUUCAUCAUGUCUUCAUCUUCAUUUAUAGAUAUUGGAUUGUAUUUUAAGUAAUCUCAUGCUGAUGUUUUAGAGUUG